AUGACAUCCAAGCUUAAGGACAAGACUCUUUCGCUAAGAAGCCAAAGAUCAUGCCCUUCAGCCCGCGAAAGCCCUCUACCUCCGCCGCCCGCCCAGCGGUCCCUCCUCGAGAAGGAGCGGGUGCCCCUCCUCAAAGAGGAGGUAGAGCGGAUCCGCAAUGAGGACCACAAUCAAGUGUACCGCGAGCUGGGCCUGAACAUCGACCUGGAUAAAGCCCCCCAGUCUGGUCCUGCCGCUGCGGAGCAGACCCAGGAGGUAAAAGAACGGAGAAAGAACCUGAAGGCUGAAAAGCGCGCCAUCAAGGAAGAAAUUCAGGAGUUAGAGGAGAGAGUAGAGAGGUUCAGCUCGGCCACUAAGGGCUGUGAGGAGGACUACAAGAUAUUCUACAGCAGCCAACAGAGUGGCUAUUACAGCAAUUGA